AUCAGCACAAUGAUGAAACGGAGGAAACAGAGACUUGGAGCCCCGUCUCUGCGGAUCCAAAUCUCCUCUCCUUUGUACUCCCACUGCCGAGGAAGUGAUGUUCAUCAGCACAUGUUCUCUCCUACAUCUGCUCCAGGUCUGCAGCACCUUAAAUUCCCAUUUAGUGCUGACUGUGCACUUGUUACAUCUCCUCUAGUAUUUUACCUGAACUCACAAGCCCAGAGCAAUCCGUCUAGUCCAUGCUACAGCCAUCCUUUUCAGUGGAGCUGUCGGACAAGCAACAGAAAGAGUUUGAUUGUAACAUCCAGCACAUCUCCAACUCUCCCGCGACCACAUUCUCCUCUUCAUGGACAUGCAGGUAGCAGCCCUUUGGACAGUCCCAGGAACUUCUCUCCCAAUGCACCUGCUCAUUUUUCCUUUGUUCCUGCCCGAAGCCACGGGCACAGAGCAGACAGAACGGAUGGACGCCGCUGGUCCUUGGCCUCCCUUCCUUCCUCUGGAUAUGGAACAAACACUCCCAGUUCAACAGUUUCAUCAUCAUGCUCAUCUCAGGAGAAGCUGCACCAGCUGCCCUUUCAGCCCACGGCAGAUGAACUUCAUUUCCUGACAAAGCAUUUCAGUACUGAGAGCAUCACUGAUGAAGAAGGGCGCCAUUCUCCAGCCUUGAGGCCUCGAUCUCGCAGUCUCAGCCCGGGUCGCUCCCCAAUUUCCUUUGACAGUGAAAUAAUAAUGAUGAAUCAUGUGUACAAAGAAAGAUUUCCAAAGGCCACGGCACAGAUGGAAGAACGGCUGGCUGAGUUUAUUGCCUCUAAUGCUCCAGAGAACGUGCUGCAAUUAGCAGAUGGGGUCCUAAGUUUCAUUCAUCAUCAAGUUAUUGAACUGGCCAGAGAUUGCCUAGAUAAAUCACGUGAAGGUCUUAUUACUUCUCGGUACUUUUAUGAGCUGCAGGAAAACUUGGAGAAACUUCUCCAGGAUGCCCACGAGCGAUCCGAGAGCUCCGAGGUUGCCUUUGUUACCCAACUUGUGAAGAAGCUGAUGAUUAUCAUUGCACGACCAGCUCGGCUGCUUGAGUGCCUGGAGUUUGAUCCUGAAGAGUUCUACCAUUUGUUAGAAGCUGCAGAAGGCCAUGCCAAGGAAGGGCAAGGAAUUAAAUGCGACAUUCCUCGUUAUAUUAUCAGCCAGCUGGGACUCACCAGGGAUCCCCUGGAGGACUGUCCUUUCCAGCCCCAUGUCUCAAAGGAAUGUUGCUGGGAAAUGGCCCAGCUGAAUAGCUAUGACAGCCCAGACACUCCUGAGACAGAUGAUUCAGUCGAGAGCCGUGGGGCCUCUGUCCAGUCAAAGAAAACUCCAUCUGAAGAAGAGUUUGAAACUAUUAAACUGAUCAGUAAUGGUGCUUAUGGAGCAGUGUAUUUGGUGCGACACAAGACCACUCGUCAGCGUUUUGCCAUGAAGAAGAUCAACAAACAGAACCUAAUUUUGAGAAACCAGAUCCAACAGGCUUUUGUCGAGAGAGAUAUCUUGACUUUUGCUGAGAACCCCUUUGUGGUCAGCAUGUUCUGCUCCUUUGAGACCAAGCGCCACCUGUGCAUGGUUAUGGAGUAUGUGGAAGGAGGUGAUUGCGCUACACUUCUGAAGAACAUUGGUGCCCUACCUGUUGAUAUGGCAAGGAUGUAUUUUGCUGAGACCGUUCUGGCGCUGGAGUACCUACAUAAUUAUGGGAUUGUUCACCGUGACCUAAAACCCGAUAAUCUCCUGAUAACUUCCAUGGGUCACAUUAAACUAACAGACUUCGGACUGUCUAAAAUUGGGUUAAUGAGUCUUACAACUAAUCUUUACGAGGGACACAUUGAGAAGGAUACCAGGGAAUUCUUGGACAAGCAGGUCUGUGGGACUCCAGAAUACAUUGCACCAGAAGUGAUCCUGCGCCAGGGCUAUGGGAAGCCUGUGGACUGGUGGGCCAUGGGAAUUAUCCUGUACGAGUUUCUAGUCGGCUGCGUUCCCUUCUUUGGGGACACGCCUGAAGAGCUGUUUGGACAAGUGAUCAGUGAUGAAAUUGCCUGGCCAGAAGGUGAUGAUGCACUGCCACCAGAUGCCCAGGACCUCAUUUCUAAGCUUCUCCGCCAAAAUCCUCUGGAAAGAAUGGGAACAGGUAGUGCCUUUGAAGUGAAACAGCAUCGGUUCUUUAAAGAUUUGGACUGGAAUGGAUUACUACGGCAGAAAGCUGAAUUCAUCCCACAGUUGGAAUCUGAGGAUGACACAAGCUAUUUUGACACCCGUUCAGAACGAUACCAACACCUGGAUUCAGAAGAAGAGGAGGACACUAAUGAUGAUGAUCAUGUGGAAAUUCGGCAAUUUUCCUCCUGCUCGCCGAGGUUCAGCAAGGUGUACAGCAGCAUGGAACGUCUUUCCAUCCAUGAAGAGAGGAAGACUCCACCACCUACUAAACGGAGUCUGAGUGAAGAAAAAGACGACCGACUGGACAGCCUUGGCAGCUUGAAGAGUCGAGACCGCAGCUGGGUGAUUGGAUCUCCUGAAAUAUUGCGUAAGCGCUUGUCUAUGUCUGAAUCCUCACACACGGAGAGUGACUCCAGCCCACCCUUGACAGUUCGACGACGCUGCUCAGGGCUUCUCGAUAUGCCCCGAUUUGCCAUCUCCACCGAGGACGAGGGAGCCGUUCUCAAAAGGCCACAGUCCGAGGGGAUGCUCUUAUCUGCUGUGCAGUCACGGGAAGGGCUGCCGGUGCCCAUUCCAGAACAACCUGUGGAGCAAGAGCUGCAGCUGGAAGGUGAUGUUGGACCCACCACCCCCUCCACGGCCAUCAGCAGCACCUCAACGCUGACAGCUGGGAGCACUGCAGAUUUCUCUGAUCCACGAGCUCGCAGUAAUAGCAAUGAAGGCCCAGACUUUACCGCUCCAAAAGCCAUCAGCGAUUUGGCAGUGCGGCGGGCACGACACAGGUUGCUCUCUGGGGAAUCAGGGGAGAAACGUACCUCAAGACCUGUCAAUAAAGUGAUUAAAUCAGCAUCCGCCACUGCCUUGUCUCUCCUGAUUCCCUCAGAUCACCACACGUGUUCUCCAUUGGCCAGUCCAAUGUCACCUCAUUCUCUAUCCUCCAACCCAUCUUCGAGGGACUCCUCACCCAGCCGUGACUUUUCUCCUGCUAUCGCAAACCUGAAACCACCAAUCAUCAUCCAUCGGGCUGGAAAGAAAUAUGGUUUCACUCUCCGUGCCAUUCGCGUCUAUAUGGGUGACAGUGAUAUCUACACUGUGCAUCACAUGGUCUGGCACGUGGAGGAAGGUGGUCCAGCGAACGAAGCAGGUCUGCGUGAAGGGGAUCUGAUAACCCAUGUCAAUGGGGAGCCGGUCCAUGGACUGGUGCACACAGAAGUGGUGGAGCUGAUUCUGAAGAGUGGAAAUAAAGUGUCCAUCUCCACCACGCCAUUUGAGAACACGUCCAUCAAAGUUGGUCCAGCUCGAAAGGCCAGCUACAAAUCCAAGAUGGCUCGUAGGAACAAGAAGAGCAAAACUAAGGAUGGUCAGGAAAGUAAGAAGAAGAGUUCUUUGUUGAGGAAGAUCACUAAACAAGCAUCGCUACUUCACACCAGCCGGAGUUUAUCUUCACUAAACCGCUCUCUGUCUUCUGGAGAGAGUGUGCCUGGCUCUCCAACUCACAACUUGUCUCCUCGGUCACCAACGCAGAGUUACAGAUCCACUCCCGAGUCUGUACACUCAGUUGGUGGCAAUUCUUCCCAGAGUAGCUCUCCCAGUUCCAGUGUUCCCAAUUCUCCAGCCAGCUCUGGACACAUCCGACCCAGCUCUCUGCAUGGACUAGCACCAAAGCUUCAAAGGCAGUACAGAUCUCCAAGGCGUAAAUCUGCAGGAAACAUCCCUCUGUCACCACUAGCUCACACUCCCUCACCAACCCCACAGUCCACAUCGCCACAGCGCUCCCCAUCUCCUUUACCAGGACACUCAAUUGGCAGCUCCAGUAUUAUUCAGUCUUUUCCAGUAAAACUACACUCCUCUCCACCACUGGUGAGACAAAUUUCUCGCCCCAAAAGUGCUGAGCCCCCUCGGUCUCCUUUGCUAAAGAGAGUGCAGUCGGCUGAGAAACUGGCUGCCUCACUGUCCUCUUCUGAGAAGAAGCUGGCUUCCUCCCGUAAGCAUAGCUUGGAUAUCUCUCACUCGGAGUUUAAGAAGGAGAUGCUACAGAGGGAUCCCAGUCUCCAGAGCUUACAAGAAUCUGCGAACGAAACAACAGGUGGCAAACUUGGGCUGGCGGAAAAAGGGAUGUUGCAGAAGCCAGGCUCACGGAAGUUGGGUGCUAUUCGACAGGACAGGGUGGAGAGGAGGGAGUCUCUUCAAAAGCAAGAGGCUAUCCGAGAAGUAGAUUCUUCCGAAGAUGAAACGGAUGAUGGUUCAGAAGAUAGUCAAGAUGGGAGAAGACUGGACAAGCCCCCUGACAGUGGAGACCAGGGCUCAGAUUCUUUUAAUGAGGAUAAUAAGUUUUCAUCUAAAUUGGAAAGCAAGGACAGUAUUGAAGAUGAUGCCUUUCUACCUGAGGAUCCAAAAGGUACAGAGGCUUUGCAGAAGGGAAAUAAUCAACAAGCCAAGCCUGUUUCAGAGCCACUGCAAAUCAGUGUGCACCCUUCCCCAUCAGAGGUCCUCCUGAGAACUUCUUCAGAAAAACUAGCUAGUUCAGAAAAGCCAUUCCUAAGAUCAGAAACAACUGCAAAGGAACAUAAAUUGCCAGAAAUAAAAACUUUUGAGUGUUUUGGUCCAAAAGACAAGUCUUCCGAAGCAAUCAAAGACCAAGGGAGAACUGCAAGUGCUCAAAAAACUGUAGAUCGCACAGAACAUAUACAGUGCCCAUCUAUCAAACUCCUGGAACUUCAACAAGGUGACUCUUCAGGGGCCUCAUGUGCUAAGCUUGACCUGAAAGACCCUCUGCUAACAGAAAGCAGUCAGAAAAAACAGGAUUCCAAACCUCUGCUGGCACUUUCUUCAUGGUGCACGGCAAGUGUGAGCACUUCCCUCUCGGUAAGUCCCGCAGAUCGCAGUGAGAAGGAUCUCAAGGAGACACUUAAGCCUGCAGAACAGCACAGCACCUCAUAUCUGUCUCCUGGAAGCAUGAGUCAAACAUCCCAAAAAAUUCCUGGUACUGAAAAGCAACCCAGCUCGUCCCAGGCAGAGAAUGCUUUAGCCGCCAGCAAAACGAGCCCAGCAGGUCCUGUGUCCUCCACGCUCCUCGUCCCCAGUGCUAUGGAAAGAACUCCCUCCAUGUCUCAGUUAGUGCCGCUAGCUCAGAGCGUGUUAGGCCCUUUGAAGCUCAGUAUGUCUGGUUCUGGAGAGGUGGAAAAGAGGAAGGAUUUCCCCCAUUUGGCUGCCUCCUGUAAAGAAGAGAGAGAUUUGAAACCAAAAAAACAGGAAACUUCACAAGCAGGAGCGUGUCAAGAGAAAGCCAAACUGUCUAGCGCAGGUGGUCUGACGACAAGGAGCAGGUCCUGCACAGAGUCACUGAACUCAGCGAAGCCCUGGGAGGCAACGUGUCCCGUGGUGGCAAAAAAGGAGGCAGCUUUUUGCAGUGCUAAAGCAUCUGAAGUGUUGGGAGGUAGCUGCAAAAUCACUCCGUCGAAAGAGCUGCCUCACACCCUUGGACAAGCAGCUCUGAGAGCCUCUCCUCUGCCAGAUGGCAGCACGAGGCCCGGUAAAGAAGGGACUCUGGCGCAAGGGAAAAGCAAAGAGCUUGGAAGUCAGUUAAAAAUACAAGACUUUCCCCUGUCACAUGACGGUGCUGUAAAGAAAACAUAG